UACAGAAGACGCAGACAAAUUUGUCAUACCGCAUUUCAUAAAUGUUUGGCUCAUACACCGGCUGUGUGUGUGGGAUAACGUGAUUGAAUACGAUACAGGUCGAGAUAAGAUGAACACGAAUCUUUAACGGAGAACUAGAGCUGUUUAGAUCCAAGGAACUUCGAGAGAAAAGCAGGAAGAGAAAGUAGACAAGAAUGAGUGUAGCUGUGGAAUUAUGAAGUAGCUUUCUUAGAUAUUGGGGCACAAUCACACGUGAAUUGUCUAUAGUUCUUGCCAAAAAUGCCGCUUGAAAGUUUUGCCAUCGGUAAAGUGAUCGGCAAGGGAAGUUAUGGGGAGGUUUACUUGGUGAAGCAUCGUAAAGAUAGAAAGCAAUGUGUCAUGAAGAAGGUCGAUCUUUCUAAAGCCUCCUCAAGAGAAAGGAAAGCCGCAGAACAAGAGGCAAAGUUAUUGUCUCAGUUGCGGCAUCCCAACAUCGUUUCUUACCGGGAAUCAUUCCAAGAUGAAUCAGGAUUUCUGUACAUUAUAAUGAACUUUUGUGAGGGAGGUGACCUGUAUACGAAGCUGAAAGCACAGUCAAAAGAAGGAAAAGUACUUGAAGAAACACAAGUUGUUGAGUGGUUUGUCCAAAUAGCCAUGGCAUUGCAGUAUAUGCAUGAGAGAAAUGUUCUUCACAGAGAUCUGAAGACCCAAAACAUUUUUUUGACAAAGAGCAAGAUAAUCAAAGUUGGUGAUCUUGGUAUAGCAAGAGUUUUGGAAACAUCCUCUGAUAUGGCAACCACUUUGAUUGGAACACCAUACUAUAUGUCUCCAGAGCUUUUUUCUAACAAGCCUUACAACCAUAAGUCUGAUGUUUGGGCUUUAGGUUGUUGCCUGUAUGAGAUGUGCACUUUGCGACAUGCAUUUAAUGCAAAGGAUAUGAGUUCUUUAGUUUACAAGAUACUCAAAGGAAAGACUCCACCUCUGCCAUCAAAUUACAGUGAUGAUCUGUGUGGGAUUGUUCAAAGUAUGUUGGAACUAGAACCAGAGAAGAGGCCGAGUGCCGCUCGCCUUUUGCGUCACCCGUACAUCAAGAAACAGAUUGCUCUCUUCCUCGAGGGAACAAAAAAUAGGCAAAAGCAGAAAACAGUUACAAAGGAAGAACGAACCCCUAGUGCAAAAUCAAAAUCAUCUUCAUCGCAACCGCCCAAAUUAGAUUCUGGAUACGUAGGAUCUGGACUUGAAGUUUCUAUCGCAACGAUUUCUGCUGUAGACUGUGUUCUAGAAGACGAGAAGUCAACAAAACAAUCACCAAAGCCUUCAUCGAGAAAUGACCGAGGUAGAUCUUCGGUGGAUUCCACAAGUUCGUCGAGUGGCUCUUCUGAGAAAGGAAGAACCGAGGCGGAUGUUAAGAAAACUGAGCAGAAAAAUGCUGUGGAUUUAAAACAAAAAGAAUCAAUAAGGAAACAAAUGGCCGUCAGGAAGAAGUCAGCUGGUGUUGAGAAGACAAGUAAUAAACAGUCAGUGAAGCAGAGAGGUGUUGAAGAAAAAGCUGUUCCCGUUAGGAGAUCUUCGGAGGAUGUAAAGAAAGCAGCAGUUUUGGAGGAAAAGAGAGCAAAACCUAGUCCUGUUAAAUCAAAAACACCCAGAACAGAGUCUCAACAGCCUCAGCGACCAUUACCGCAACCCCCCAAGGGAGGUCCCCCAGGGGGAGAUCUGCCCGCGUCAAGAAGCCCUAGAGCGAGGCGCAGAUACAAAGUAACGUCCAGUUCACACGCGGCCAGAUCACAAUACGCUGAGGAAGAAGAGGAAGAGGACGAGGAAGAUAAGAGUAACGCGGAUUCCGAACCAAGUUCCAAGUCUGUCAGUGAAAGCACACCUCAGAGUGGCUUAUCGGCCCGUGAAAGACGACGGCUCAAGCAGAAACAAAAGGGUGACAAAAACGCUGUGCCUACCACGCCCUCAGCAAAUGUACUCCCUUCCCCUAGUGAAGUGAUCGCUGCUAAGGUUAGACGUUCUCAAGAGAGCAGUCAAGGAGCCACACCUAGGCAGGGGUCAGCAGGCAGCGAUCCAAGACGUCAGCUGAGUUCGGAGGGCUUUGAUACCCCGGAUGGAGCCAGGCCCAUCGUGCGACAAGAAUCCAGUGUUUCAGUUACGGAAUCAGUUGAACAAGACAGCGACACGGACUCAGAGCUAGAGGAAAUUAGUUUAGAUGAAUCUUCUGCAUCUGCGCGAAGGUGGAUCGCCCACAGCAUCCGGGAGAUUACGAGACCGAAUAGAGCGAUUAAGGAGUGAAUGUUUACGCGGCAUUGGCGAAGACCUGCUGAUAAGAGCGUAUAAUAUUAUUGACACCCAGCAGGAAGACUAUGUCGAGGAAGCCCUGGUUCGUCUUAUGGGAAGAGAAAAUUUUGAGAGAUAUGGUGGUCCAAUUUGGCAGCUAAAGUUCAUCGAGGAUUUUAAAAUACACUAAGCUUUACUUCUAGGUCCUUAAAGAACAUUUAAUACCUGUAGAUCUUUUGAUUAUUGCUGCUUUGUAAACCCAUAAGGCCUAUACCUAAAUUUCUGCCGACCGAGGGCUGCCGACCAAGGACUAUGAAUAUCGAUGCUCUUUCAACGGAGCGCUCACUUGGACCAGGUACCAGGCUACUUCGUCAACAGUCAAUACUAAAAGUCAUGUACAUACCGAAAUUAAUUGGUUACGAUUGAGUAUGAAUUUAGAGAAAGGAGAAAUAAAUAUAUUAUUUCACAGAU